GGGCGGGGACUGAGACCCUAAAGCCGCCGGCAGCCGGAGCGCCGCCGCUACACCGCUGUCGCCAUGAUCAUCCCCGUGCGCUGCUUCACGUGCGGCAAGAUCGUCGGCAACAAGUGGGAGGCCUACCUGGGGCUGCUGCAGGCCGAGUACACCGAGGGGGACGCCCUGGACGCGCUGGGCCUGAAGCGCUACUGCUGCCGCCGCAUGCUGCUGGCCCACGUGGACCUCAUCGAGAAGCUGCUCAACUACGCGCCCCUGGAGAAGUGACCGCGCCGCCCGCGGCGGGGACCCCGGCAUGUCUGGCCUGAGACCCUUUCGCUGAGGCGUGGACAGCCGGAAGCAGUGAUGCCCGCAGCCGUGUGGAUGUUUGUCUCCUGCUCUGGAAGGAACCACCCAAUAAAGGUCUUUGCAGAACCACG